AUGGAUGACUUCGAUUUCGUUCCGGAAUGGGGUCAGCUCCCCGUCGAGCAGUAUCUUAUUAGAUGCUGGGACCACUCUUCACCACAAAGCCCGGAGCAGCAACGCAGUACACUGGUCAAACAUUUCCUGCAACUCGACAAGAUCCAACCAGAAUGGGACCCGACCCUUUUCACGGCUGAUAAUUCGAGAAAGCCUUCGCGUAUCCCAACCCCAGACGAGAUUGUAAAUAUCCUGCAGCCCUGGCGUUCUGAUGAGCUGCGCCGCAUAGCGUGGCGCAUCUGGGGGUGUAGUAGUAUGCAGCCGCUUCUACUGCGCGCUCACUACGACCCCAAGCAUGACGAAUCAGUGGAAGAGUGGCAAGAGCUAGAUCAAUACGAACUGGAAUCGUGGUGGUCUAUUCUCAACAACAAGAAUAUGUUUAACUUCGGCGCGGACUGGAAACGUGUCUUCGCCAUUUUCCCGGAGGCUGCAGGCCGCUUGGGAAAGUAUCCACGCUGGCCAGACAUGGAAGCAAUAAAGGAAUUUCAGGAUCAGUUCAAGGAAUCCCUGGACAGAGCCAAGCGGCUGAAGAAGCAGAUGUGGAGGCAGGAUCCCAAUGCGUCGCUCAUCCAGGCGAACCCUGCUGCGUGGAAUCUGCUGCAGUUCAUUUCGGUUGGGUAUAUCCUGAUUGCAGAUGAGGAGGCUUUUCGGACCAAUCGCUUCCUCCUUGUUUAUUUUGAUGGAAGCCAGAAUGUGGUCGCGCAGGGCCGGGUGCCCAGUACUGAUGACGGCGUGAAUCAGGUUUCGCUUGACUGGGACCAAUAUCAGCCUCCAUAUUCGCUUUUCGAAGAGGGCACCAUUGGGGAGGAGUAUCUUGCGAAUGGUGACAUAGGCAGUUGGUUGUAUGAGUUCACUAAGGAGGAUUUGCAAGAUGACCCGCCUGCGCCAGCGGAUGAUGCAUAG